AUGGAAUCUAAUAAGAGGAACAGUAAUGAGAACUACAAAGAAGUAGAAGAAGAAGUGGAAGAGGAAUUAGAAUUAGAAGAAGAAAACAAUGAGAUCCUCAAGAGAAGAAUCUCUAGUCAUCCUCUCUAUGAACUGCUUGUUGAAGCUCACUUGAACUGUUUGAAGGUUGGAGAUAUUUCCAACUUGGACAGAGAGCUGAAGAUAGAUCAAAUGCAAGCAAUGAAGAAACAAAACAUGGGCAUGUUCAGCCAGUCUGAGCUUGAUCUCUUCAUGGAAGCGUAUUGCUUGGCACUUGGAAAGCUUAAAGAAGCAAUGGAGGAACCACAACAGAAGUCCAUGGCUUUUAUAAACAACAUGCAUUUACAACUUAGGGACCUCACUAUGGCAACCAUGCCUGCACCUGCUGAACCACAAGCUACUACAUCUUAGAAUGAAUGCAAAUUCAGAAGAAACCCUACAAUUUAG